UAUUCACUGCUUUUGAUAAACGGAUGCAAAUGUGAUAUAAAUCGAGAGAUUGUCCACAAAUUGAAUCAAUUGAGUGACGAUUACGCGUGUCUUAGAAGUGGUAAAGUCGAGGAACAAAACGCCUCCAGUCUAUCGUCGGAUCCAGAGAUCGACGACAAGAGUGGCGAUACGUCCGAAGAAGUGUUUCGUCCGCAGAUUGAGUUGAAAGAGUCAACGGAUCCCUAUAUACCAGACAAUUGUCUCCUUACGUGCCAUCAAUGCCAACAACAGUUCGCAUCUGAACUCGAGUUACAAAUCCAUACGAAUAGUGUCCACAAAACGGAAGACGGACUCCAAUUGUAUACUUGCGAUGAAUGUCGAGAAGUGUUCACCAGUGAAGACAUGUUUGACGUCCACAUGAGAGACAAUCACGGCUUCGAUGAGACCAACACUACAGACAAUUCAGAAGAUGACGGAGACAUCGCUGACAAGAAUAAUGGUUCUUAUCUUUCGGAAAACUUAAGCCUUAAAAGUCUUCAAAGUGUGGAGAAAAUGCUGAAGAGUUGCAAGAAUUUGGGUAAUAUUUUGGCUCAAAAUAAUCAUUUUAUAUUUACCGAAACGAUGGCCGAAGAGUUGCCACUCAAAGAGUCACUCGACAAAUGCGACCAAAAACUAUACGAACGACUUUUUGCGUAAAUAUUUAGUGGAAAAUGUGCCA